AUGAAUCUCACGCAAGGAGAUAGGACAGUAGCCAAGUAUGAGGCUGAAUUUCUGAGACUUGGCUGCUACACUCUAGGGAUGGUGGCAUCUGAGUACAAAAAGUGCAUACAUUUUGAGGAUGGUCUAAGGGACAGCUUGAGGGUUCUGAUUACUCCGCAGAGUGAGCAAAAGUUUGUCGUUCUGGUAGACAAGGCAAAGCAAGCUUCGAUUCUAGGUUUUAUUCAACCUCAGAGGGCAAUACAGCAGCCGCUUAGGGGCCGUGGUCCGACCAGGGGUGACAUAAGCUCAACACACUCGUAUGUAGCUAGUUUUGUCUCUAGAAACUUGGGGAUUACUGUUAAGAAUACUUCGGGUGAGAUUUCUGUAUUAAGUUUGCUAGUUCAAUUUUAUUCUUGGUAUGGACUGGCUAAUAGAACACCGAGUCAGUUUGGAUUCAAGACUAAGAGAAUCGUUCUGAGAAUUGACGGUGAUGUGGAAGUUAUGGUGAUUAGUGAGCGUAGGGAUUACAUUUCUAACGUAAUAUCCACUCUAAUGGCCGAAAAACUGGUUCGAAAAGGGUGUGAAGCAUAUCUGGCUUUCUUAAUCAUAGUCAUCAUCAACGAUAUUCUAGUGUACUCUAAUACCGAUAAUGAACAUGAUGAGCAUCUUAAAGUAGUUCUUCAAAUACUUCGAAAGAAACAGCUCUAUGCUAAUUUGAACAAGUGUGAAUUCUGGUUGCGAGAAGUAACAUUUUUGGGUUACAUUACUUCUGAUGAGGGGAUUCGAUUUGAUCCUAGAAAGGUUGAGGCUAUACUUGCGGGUUAUUAUCGGAGGUUUGUUGAGACUGAUGAGCAAAAAUCGAGCUUUGAGAAGCUCAAGUCUAUUAUAACCCAGGCUCCUGUUUUGAUACAGCUUGAAUUUGGUAAGAAGUUUUUGGUUUAUAGUGAUACACUGCAUGUCGGGUUGGGAUGUGUACUGAUGCAAGAUGGUAAGGUUGAGAGUGGUAGUACAUCUGAUUUUGGGCUAAUUAAUGAUGGGGUUCUGUGUUUUCGAGGACGGGUUUGUGUACUGAAUGAUUCUGAUUUGAGACAGUCUAUUCUGAGGGAAGUUCAUAGUAGCCCUUAUUGUAACACCCCUAACCCGUACCCGUCGCCGGAAGGUUAA